UUCUGAGAUUUUGUUAAACGUACCCACACAGACACAGACGCUGACUUUCUCUCUCUAAACACUUUCUCUCUCUAAAUUUUGAAGAAAUUGAACCAGUUUAGAGCGAGAAAGGAAGAGAAAAGAAAGAGGAAGAGAAAAGCAAUCGAACAAUUCGUGACGAGAAAGUAUUCAUAUUGUAAUCGCCGAGGCAGCGAAAAGUGGUUGGCUUUUUGUUCGAAUUGAAGCGUAUUGUUUCAUUUCUGAGAGGAUUUGGAUUAGGAUUAGGGUUUGUGGUUUGAAUUGGGAGGAGGAGGGAGGGGCGAUUUUCGAUUUGGGAUUUUGGGUUUUUGGUGAAGAAUUUGGGGGAAGAUGGCGGAGGUGGUGCUGCAUAUAUACGAUGUGACGAAUAGUGGAUCGGACAAGACGAAUAGCACCAUUCUGCAGAUCAACAAGAUCUUCAAGGAUGGUAUCGGCCUCGGCGGCAUCUUCCACAGCGCCGUUCAGGUUUAUGGAGAUGAUGAAUGGUCAUUUGGGUUCUGUGAACAAGGAUCUGGUGUGUUUAGUUGCCCUUCUGGGAAAAAUCCAAUGUACACAUAUCGUGAAAGCAUCGUUCUUGGGACAACUCAUUGUUCGAUCUUCAAGGUUAACCAAAUCUUGAGGGAACUCAGUAGAGAGUGGCCAGGGUAUUCGUAUGACCUGUUAUCAAAAAAUUGCAAUCACUUUUGUGAUGAGUUAUCUGAAAGGCUUGGGGUGCCAAAGCUUCCAGGUUGGGUUAAUCGUUUUGCCCAUGCUGGUGAUGCUGCUAUGGAAGUCGCAGGAAACACGGCAGAACGGUUUAGAGAAGCGAAGACACAGAUUGUUUCGGCUAGCAAAGUAGCAUAUCGUUUCCUUGUGGGUGUUACAAGCAAUGCUAUAGCUUCUCCCGCGUCUCCUGAAAAUUCAGACAGAGGUACUCCUAGAUUUCAGGCCGCAUGGUUUAAGAAUCUAAUCACAACGGGAGCAAAGCCUUCUAGUAGUUCAGAUUUCGAGAAUAAGGAAGAGGAUGUACUUCGGCAGAACCAGCAAUCGGAUACAGAGCUGCCGCUGCAGCAUAAUUCUCGAACAUGGCAAAGUACGUAAUUUCCGAGCACACUUUGCCAAUGUGUACUACUCAAAUCCAAGCAAAGGUCGAUGAGUCCUGCGUCGUGUACCAAUGAAGAAAAUUCUUUUGUUUGUUGAACAGAAGUAUGCCCCAUUCAUGCCCCCAAAGAACUGGAUUACAUUCAAUAGAUUGCCCAGCUUGUAGUUGGUUUCAUUA